AUGCAACACUGCCACGACGAACACUCGGCACUCGGUGGUCAUGACCACGGCCACAAUCAUGAUCAUAAUCACGACCAUGACGACGAGGUGGAGGACGCCAACGGAGACUCACUCUACCCGUUCAUUGACAUUAGCAAAUUGCGAGUGCUCAAUGCAUUAGACCCAUUGGCUGUCGCAAAUCCGUUCAAGUCGUUCCACGAGCGUCGGGACCGCUCACGCUUCUUGGCGAGCAACGACGACGAUCCGGAAAUGGUUUUGUUUAUUCCUUUUACAGAGGCUGUGAGCAUCAAGUCGAUCUGCAUUUCAGGCACUGCAGGAGAUGGUACUCAUCCGAAAGUAGUCAAACUGUUCACUAAUCGAGAAGAUAUCGACUUUUCCAACGCAAAUGAGCUGCCAGCACAGCAGAAAUUGGAUCUCGUCGAGGACGACUCGGCCAAUAUCGAUUACCCGCUCCAGGUGCGGAAGUUUCAAGGUGUUUGCAAUGUGACGCUUGUUUUCGAGGACAGCUACGGAGGUGACGAAACAAAGAUUUAUUAUAUUGGACUCAAGGGUGAAAGCAAAAAGUGGCGUCAUGGUGUGGUUGAGUGCGUGUAUGAGGCCCGUCCGCAACCGGCCGACCACAAAGUCAAGGACACGAUUGGACCGACAUCGCUUAUUUAG